CACAAAUCGACAUUCAAUUUCGUGAAGAUGGCUGAAGACGACCUCAUUGUCGUCGAUAGCGACCACAUCAACGGUUUCAGAGAUAAUAAACACACCACUCAUUCACUCGAGAACGGCCUCCAAGACGACCAACACUUCAGUGAUGCCGAAGACUUUGUCGACGACAUCACCGACGAUGACCUGUUAUCGGAUCUAUUGAGGAAUAAACCGACGGAACACUCGGGUCUUCAGAAUGUAGUAAUAGUGGAUCGCAUCCCACAAGUGGGUCCCGAAAAAGCCGAUAAAUUGAAAGUAGUUUUGGCCAAAUUGUUCUCCAAAAGUGGCAAAAUUAUGAACGAGUUUUAUCCGAUCGAUGAAAAUAAUCAAACCAAAGGUUAUGCAUUCUUCGAGUUCGAGAAUCCCGAACAGGCGUUGGAAGCGGUGAAGUUACUCGACGGACACAAACUCGAUAAGCAGCACAUCUUUGCGGUGAAUUUGUUCACAGAUAUCGACAAAUAUUUGCGAAUUCCUGACGAAAUAGAAGAGCCGGCGAAAGAAGAGUACUCCGAUAGAGGAAAUCUUCACUACUGGCUCUUAGAGCCCGAGUGUUGCGAUCAGUACUCGGUUUUGUAUGAGUCGGGAGAGUCGACGGCCGUAUAUCUCAAUUCAAUGCCCGAACCAACUCUUGUGAAAGAACGCAAGUUAUGGACAGAACAGUCGCUCCAAUGGUCUCCUUUGGGCACAUAUUUGGCUACAUUUCAUAGACGGGGAAUCGCUUUAUGGGGCGGCGAAGAGUUCACACAAAUGGCUCGCUUUUCUCACGACAGCGUCAGUUUCAUAGACUUCAGCCCCUGUGAGAAAUACAUCACAACAUUGAGCCAACCAUUAGUGGUGGCCAACGAUCCGAACGCCAUAAUUAUUUGGGACAUUAGGACACAAACCAAGAAGAGAGCAUUCAGUGCUGAUCCCACUCAACCACUCAUUUGGCCCAUAUUUAAGUGGUCUUUCGAUGACAAAUACUUCGCUCGAAUCAAUGCAGAAUCGCUUAGCAUUUACGAAACGCCUUCUUUCGGCUUAUUGGACAAGAAGUCGGUGAAAAUUGCAGGCAUUAAGAACUUUACGUGGUCUCCGUCUCAGAACAUACUCGCCUAUUGGGUGGCAGAGGACCAGAACGUGCCCGCGAGGGUCACCUUACUUGAGAUCCCAUCGCGUAAUGAAUUGCGUGCGAAGAACCUCUUCAAUGUGGCCGACUGUAAGAUGCAUUGGCAAAAGUGCGGCGAUUAUCUGUGCGUCAAAGUAGACAGAUAUACAAAGGCUAAGAAAGCCGAUAACGAGCCCAACAAAUACAGUGGAAUGUACUAUAACUUUGAAGUCUUCCACAUGAGAGAGAAACAAAUACCAGUCGAUAGCUUAGAAAUUAAAGAAAAAUUUGAAUCGAAACAAUGCAAUCAUCUAUUUUGGUCACCGGCGGGACAGUUCAUAGUAUUAGCUUCUCUAAGGACUAGUAGUUAUGUGUUAGAAUUCAUAGACACUUCUGAUUUCACGAUUACGAGCACAUCAGAGCACUUCCAGAUAACUGAUGUCGAGUGGGAUCCGACCGGCCGUUUCGUUGUAACCGGAGUCAGCAAUUGGGCCCAUAAGGUUGACAACGCGUACUGGUUGUGGUCAUUCCAGGGAAGACUGAUCCGCAAACAUAGUUUAGACCGCUUUUGUCAACUAGAAACCUCUGGGGCUGGCGGUUGGGAAGAGUGGCUUCUCUUCUAUUUCCUUCAGGCGUUUUUGGAAUUCUUUAUAUCGCGUGUCAAACUACUAGAGUUGAGAGAAGCAGACAAUGAUCUUAAGAACAAUGAGGACGAGACCGAAGAGACCGUCGAAUUCCUUAUCAAAGAAGAGGUUAUAGUUCUCGACGACGACGACGAUUGA